UAGCUAUAAUAUUUUUUUACGAAUAGAAUAAAUCAUAGAAACUGAUUGUCUAUAAUAUUUUGUAGUUAAUGGCGUUGCAUAGUAGAGUGUAAUUGUUUUUGCGUAUAUGCAUAAUUCAUCAGUUUAGAGAUUGGGAAGGAAAAUCACUCUUUAAUUAGUGGAUGAAAUUGUGCUCGGAUAGAAAUCCCCAUCCACGACUAAAAAUAGCUCUCUCACCAAAUCCAUGUCUUCAUCUCUAUCUCUCCAUUCCAGCUAGUUUUUUUCCAUCUCACAGAAAUAAAAAAAGGCCAUACAUAUUUGCAUGUGUAUGUGCCUGUAUGUAUGUUCUUUUCACCCCAUACACACCCUCACAUAAUCUUAUAAUCAUAUAGAGAUAAAGCGAUUGGAAUCAAAGAAAAUGGCCCGUUGCCUGAGCCUGACCGGGUCGGCGGACUUCCUCUACCGGAGCUUCUUCUCGUACUCGGGGCUCCGGUCGAUGAAGACCGACCUCCAAGAUGGCACGGUGAUGCACUGCUGGGUGCCGAAGAGCCACAAGGCGGCGAAGCCGAGCCUCCUCCUCGUGCACGGGUUCGGCGCCAACGCGAUGUGGCAGUACGGCGACCUCCUCCACCACCUGAUGCCGCGAUACAACAUCUACGUCCCCGACCUCCUCUUCUUCGGGGAGUCGUGGACGCAGAGGCCCGACCGCUCCGAGGCCUUCCAGGCGCGCUGCCUCAUGCGCCUCAUGGAGGCGCACGGGGUGCGGCGCCUGAGCCUCGUCGGGAUCAGCUACGGCGGCUUCGUCAGCUACAGCAUGGCGGCGCAGUUCCCCGAGGCGGUGGAGAAGGUGGUGCUGUGCUGCUCCGGCGUGUGCCUGGAGGAGAAGGAUCUCAGGGAGGGGUUUUUCGAGGUCGCCGAUUUGGAUGAGGUGGCUGGCAUUCUCAUGCCGCAGACGCCGGAGAAGCUCAGGGAGUUGAUCAAGUUUGCCUUUGCCAAGCCGGUCAGCGGCGUCCCUUCGUGCUUCCUCUCCGAUUAUAUCGACGUUUUCUGUACAGAAUUUAUUACUCAAAAAAAGGAACUAAUUCGUGCAUUAACUGCCGACAGAAAGCUCGAUAAAAUUCCCAAGAUAGAACAGCCAACGUUGAUUUUAUGGGGAGAGCAAGACAAAAUCUUCCCUCUGGAAUUGGGAUACAGGCUCCAAAGGCACAUAGGUGACAAUGCAAAAAUAGAAGUGAUAAAGAAUGCUGGACAUGCUUUGAACAUUGAGAAACCAAGGGAGUUUGCUAAGCAUUUGAAAGCAUUUCUAAUCGACACUAAUUCGACCCCAAGAUCAAUGUCGAGUUCGGCACUGAGCCUGAAUUGGAGUUGGAGUUGGAACUCGAGCUCGAGUUCUGAUUCGAAUUCGAGUACAACCAGUUACCCUUACUCUCUUUCAUAUCUGCGACAGAAGAGUUUAUUCUGGGCCGGCACAAGCCCAAGGCCAAGCACAAGCCAAAUUCAAGGCUCGGACCCAAGCCCAGGCCAAAGCCAAGGCCCAAGUCGAAGUCUAAGCACAAGCCAAAUUCUAGGCCCAGACCUAAGCCCAUGCCAAAUCCAAGGCCCAAGCCCAAGUCAAAGCCCAAUUGAAAUCCCGAGCCCAAGUGAAAGCCCAAGCCAAAGCCCAAGAAAAAUCUCAAGCCCAAGUAAAAUCCCAGGCCCAGGUCCAAGCCCAAGCCAAAUCCCGGGCCCAGGCCAAGGGCCAACUUGAUAUAUACUCUCAACUGAAAAAUAUUAGGCAGAUUUGUAAACUGAUAUUGACCAUAAUAUUUUUUUCCUUCACUUGUAUAUAUAGUCCAGUGUAAAUUAUACACAUGAAAUUGAU